AAAGUCAAUCAGAUUUUUUUUUCUUAUUUUUAUUUAGAAAAAAUUAUAUAUCAAAAAAUACUGAAUUUUAAAACAUUUUGUAAAACGUUUUUAAUGACAGAUACCUACUCUUAUUGGCUGGAAGAAGCGAAAGCUUAUGAACGGAAUGACGCAGACAUGGAGGCAAUGUUUACUUUGAAUCAUCUAUCCCAGUACAUUGGAAAUAUGAAAUCCAAAAAUAAAGCCAAACUAUCGAAACCCAAAAGUGCCGGUCGGCUAUUAGGUCAGGAAGAAAUACAGGAGGAAGAUAUAGUAGAUUUCAUUGAGGAGAGGGAACAUGAAAAAGAGAUGGAGGAAGGAAGCGUGGAGAAAAAUCAAGAGGAGAUUUCGGGCAAGAGAGAUGAAGAAGAGGAGAACAUAGCUCCUGAAGAUGAGGUAGAAUCAAGAGAUUCGGCAAUACAAGAUAUGUAUUGCCGUUAAGAUGUUAAUACGUUAUUCGUUAAAAACACGACUCAUGCUGAUCUGUGAUGUGAACAAAGCAAUUGUAAAUUGCACAAUAAUGUAUUACCAAAAUGUAGGUAGCAAUAUGUGU